AUGGAGCGCUAUUUGCGAUUUUACAUAAAAUUCCAAGGCUAUAUGAUCGGUGUGUUCACGGUGCUGUUGUCGGUGCUAUUGUCGCUUGUGAUAUACGAGAAUAAUCCACCGUACUAUCCGAUGGAGAUGUAUUAUGACUUCCGCUUCAUGGGCAGUACGGCGAUAGUGUUGGGACUGUUCUGGUUUGUAGCUGGUGUGGCCUUCCUGUACGGUGUGUAUCGCGAAAUCAAGCAGUGCUUGCUGCCGUUCGCUCUGCUGUAUCUGCUCGAUUUGUUUCUGCUUGCCAUCCGGGACAUUGUGAUGGUUUGGCACGACCGUCGCUGGUACACCAUGGUGUUUGUGAACAUACCGUCGUUGCUGGCAGUGCUGUACAUCACUUGUUACUUGUUCAUGACGCUGAUCGCUUUGGCUCGUUUGUUCAGCAGCGAUCCGAAGCCGCAAGCGGGUGAUAAUUUUGUACGGUUCAACAACGGCAUCACCAAUCCAGUCGCAAUCGACGAGGAAGCUGCACUGGUGGCGGAAUAACUCGCAUGUGCUGGAUUCUGUGCCGUUGCCUAUCGGUGUAUUGUGUGUAUGCUUAGCUCAAACCCCGCGGCAUCAGUAGUUACGGUCUAAUCUUUCAUGUUACCGCGUUAUCGUCGUAUAGAAAGCUUUGUUUGUGAUUGUUUCUUCUAUAGGAGCUGUUUAAUUUAAACAGCAAACGAAACACGCUUGCUGAUAAUGCAUCGAGUGUAUCUUUUUCAUCGAACUCUC